CGAGGACUCGCGCUUCAAACAGAAUCCCAACGCGUGUUUCUGCAAGAUCAUUAUCAGAAAAAAAAACUGCUGCGGGACUCGACACGCACACACGCACACACGCAGGCGCGCGCUCUCUCUCUCUGUCUCUCUCUCUCACACGCACACACACACACACACACAGAUGGAGUACAGAGGAGCUAGACGCCGUACCUAAGUCUGAUCGAACUCAAAUCAAACCUGAGGAAAUACCAAAACCUGGAUAUUUUUUUUUUGCACGCCUGCUACUCAGGCCUGACUUUGGAUAUUACGUUUUGUUUUGUUUUUUUUUUUCUCCGCAGUGGAAAAGGAUCCACUCGAUCCACCCCCGAGUGUGUGAUUCGAGAGAGAGGAGAGAAGCAGUGCAGUAGGACGGUGGUGUUUUUUUUUUCCCCUGCAGUUGAACUCUCGAUCCAUCUCAGUAAAACCCCUGCAGCUCGCGCAGUCUUCUGCUUCUUCACUCUGCGCUUUCUUGCAGCGAGCCCCGUGCUGCAGAUUCGCAUCCGCGUUUCGAUUUUCAAUCCUCUCAAUCGAUUGGUCAUCAGUCGCUGUUGUUUUUUUUUUUUUUUUUCUUUUGAGCUCGUCGGAGAUUUCAGUUGACGCCAUUUUAGCCUCCUAAACACGGUUUUUGAUCCGAUUGCGAAGUUGUCAGCGGUGAUCACAUUCAUGUCACCGGAUGGAUUUGCUUUUAAGGACGUGAGCGAGCGCUUCGGAAAUGGUCUCACACCAGGAAAUGCAUACAUUUGCAAGAUUUGUACGAUUCAAGGAGCAAUAGAGUCAAGAUCCAUCACAUCCCUUUCUGACUGAACACGAUCCACUAUCACCGGCACCCCCUUUGUGUCAUCUUGGCUCCUUUCUGGUUCCUAGGUCUUGAACCAAGUCUUGGGAUCAUUGAUGGAGCAAAGGGACCUAACUCGCCCUUCGCGGCCCAAAGGGAACGAGGAGUUCUUCUCCACUGUGACCACCAUCAACAGAGCUGAUCUUAACGAGGUGGGCCUUCUGGCCACCCCAGUGAAGGGGCUUGGUCUAGCUGGUGAGCAGCAGGAGCAUGAGGAGGAUGAAGACCUCGGCCUGGGUAAAGACAUGGACGUUACUUCCAAUGCGGACAGCGAGAAGUGGGUGCAGGGAGACAGCCUUGAGGAGCAGGAGUUCUCCAUCAAAGAGGCAAGUUUCUCAGAAGGCAGCCUCAAACUGAAGAUCCAAACCACCAAGCGGGCCAAAAAGCCACCCAAGAGCCUGGAGAACUACAUCUGUCCACCUGAGAUCCGCGUCACCAUUAAACAGCCUGGGGAGCAGAAGGCAUCCAAGCAUGGCAAGAGCACUAAAGGUGGAAAGGAAGAAGAUAGAGGACCCCCCAGAAAGAGAACCUAUGAAAGGCCUUUCAGAGUUGUGGCUCAAAAUGACAACAACAUGAUGGAUGUCCUUGGGGAGAACCUGAGACCAAAACAUGAGCCCAAAACUGACAUUCACCAACUGGAUUGGACAAAGCAAAUACUAAGAGAGUCAACAUCCCAAGGGGACCAAGUGAGAGAUCCGGAAUCAAAACAAGAACCAACAUUCAAUAACAAGAGCCUUCUGUCAGAGGUCAACAUCCCCUUCUCAAAGGCACAAGUUAAAAAGGUCACAGAAGGUUCAUCUGGAAGUCUGUUUGCAUCGGAAAUUACUUGUCCAGGUUCUGACCCACAGGCUUCUUCUCCAGCUGAUAUAACAAUGAGUGCACUAGCAGAAUCAAAUAUGUUGAUACACUCCUCUCUAAGUAAAGAAAGAGGUUUGCAGGAGGUCACUGAGCAAGUCUUUGGGAACAUGAAAAGGAAGUAUGGCAGAAGGGCUCUGACCACCCAUAAUGGAGACCUGCCCUGGGCAAAAAAGACUGACAAAGAGAGUGAGAAAACAGCUCAAGACAAUACAAAGAAUAAACUAUUUAACUCUGAAAAAACUGAGACUCAGAGGGAGGAGGUAGAAAAAUCAAUGAAGAGGCCAGAGGAUGAUUUCAAAACAAUACCAAACUGUGUUCCAGAUAACACAGAUGAACCUAGAAGCAGAAAGAAGAAAAGCAGAAGAUUAACUGAAGAUAACAACUUUUUGGAAGACAUACAAACCACACAGACAGUAGAAAUGAAAGGUAAGGGUGACCAAGGUGCUACAAAACCUAAAGUAGCAAACAAAAUGGAAUUGAGUACAGGAAAGCAAUUGGGUGUAGAUUCACAGAAGCUGGGGGAAGAGAGUGCAGCAGCAGGGCCAACUGUGGAAAUUUCUGAGAAUAGGCACAAGAAGAACCCAGUUGGGAAACCACAAUCAUUGAUUGAUCCAGAGAAACAAGCAGAUGGAAGGCAAUCAAAGUUCAAGGACAGAUGGGUUUAUUUGAAAUCUAAGAGCUCUGCUCCCCACAAAGACCUUAAUCCAGCAUUGCCCAUUGAAGAGCCACCCUCUGCUUUCCCCAUUACACCAUCCAGCCCACUAUACACCAACACAAACAGUCUGACAGUCAUCACCCCUAUAAAGAAAAAACGGGGUAGGCCUAAAAAACAACCACUACUUACUGUGGAGACAAUUCAUGAAGGAACAUCAACCAGUCCUGUAAGUCCUAUCAACCAGGAUUCGCCUAGCACUUCAAAGAGGAGGAGGAAGAAACAUAAUUUGUCAAAAAUAAUGCAACAGGCCUUAAAUAAUUCUCCAAAUUUACCAGAGAUGAAAUGUAAGAGAACAGGUCAGGUUGGUGUCCUUAAAAAGAAAACUAAGAAAGUUAAACUGGUUAAAAUGCAGAGCAUUUUGAAUGAACUUCUGUCCUCUUCUAACACUGGUAACCUGGCUUUGAAAUCCAGUGUUCCAGUUUCCAGUGCCGUGUCAACUGUGGCAUCGACAAUUGAAGCCCGCUUAGGCAAGCAAAUCAAUGUCAGCAAACGUGGAACUAUUUACAUAGGCAAAAAACGAGGGAGGAAGCCCAAAGCUGAGCUUCAGACUCAGCAAGAUGAGCACAAAGCCAAUGAUGAGCACUUGUUGCCUGUUUCAAGUCAGUUUGAGAAUCUUCUAGUGCCUUCUAAUUCAUCAUCAACAACCAGAAUGCCUUCUCCCAGGGUCAUGCAGUCUCUCUCAGCUCAGUCCUUAGCAGGUGGACUAGCACACCAUGCCACCACAGAAACCAGCCAGCAUGACCUGAAGACCAUGCCAAAUCUACAGCCUAUCAGUGCUUUGCCCACAAAAACUCAGAAGGGCUUGCUCAGUAGUAGCUGGAAACUCUCUCCUCCAAGACUUAUGGCCAACUCACCAUCUCAUCUGUCUGAAGUGGCAUCCAUCAAAGAGGUCACUCUGUCUCCAGUUAGCGAGUCCCACAGUGAAGAGACAAUCCCAAGUGAUAGUGGCAUUGGUACUGACAAUAACAGCACAUCAGAUCAGACUGAGAAAGGUCCAGCAUCUCGCAGGAGGUACUCCUUUGAUCUUUGUGGUUUUGAAGCAACAGAGACUGCUGUGCUGGAAGCUACAAAUAAAACAGCCAGAGGGCACUAUCAGAAGCAUGCAACAUCAGUGGCUAUGGAAAAUUUCCUUGCUCAAGAAAGCCUCAAGAAACAGAAACAUCGACGGAAACGAAAGGGUCUAACAAGUAGGGAUGAUCUUCAGUUUCUGGCUGACCUUGAGGAACUCAUUAGCAAGUUCCAGGUCUUCCGAAUUUCCCACCGCAGCUACAAGUUUUACCAUGAGAACUCUUACCCCAGCAUUUUCCGCCUAAACUUUGACCACUACUACCCUAUGCCCUAUUAUUCCUAUGAUCCUGUGCACUAUCUUCGCAGGAGUUCUGAAAAGUCAAAGAGAAGACGUGGCAGGCCAGCCAAAUCAGCUGAACCUAUAACAAAGAUGCCUUUCAUUCAAGGGUUUGGCUACUCAGCAGCCAGUGGCAAUUACUAUGCACCCUACGCAAUGCCUUACACAGCCAUGCCUCUUGCCACAAGUAUGAUGAACAUGGGGUAUUAUGGGCAAUAUCCUCCUCCUUUGUAUCUGUCCCAUGCCCUUGGAUCUUCAGGCACUCAUCUCAUGCGGCCUCCAGUUCCUCCACCAAAGUUCCACUCCAGUGGGUUGUCUAGCCUCUCUGCUGGCAGCAGACAUAGGAUGAAGAACAUGCCCCAUGAGAUGUCUUCUCCCAGGAUUGGUGACACUCAUCAUCCAUCAAGCAGCUGCUUGGCGAGUGUCUGUCUCCACAAACGCAAACACAAGCAUAAGCACAAACAUAAGGAGGAACAGCACUCAGUUCCACAGAGAGAGAACCUUGGUGGACUCUUCAGUGGAGCCCUGCCUCUUUCUAAGAUAAAGGACAAGCAGAGGAACCAGCAAAGCAUGGAUACUUCAUCCAAGACAUCCAGGAACUACUUUGAAGUAGACACACUCUCAUCGUUGUCCUUAUCAGACUCUCAGAACUGUAAACAUCCUCGAGAAGAGCCACUGAACAACUUCCUGAACAUGUGCACUAAGCAACCACAUGAACGGCUGCGAGCCAACCAGGACCAGCCACUGGAUCCAUUCAAGGGCCAGCACUUACAAGAUGAGGGUUCUCGCAUCCGGAGUAGGAGGCAUAGCCUGGAAGAGUUUGCAACAUACAGUGAAGGGGGCAUGGCACCUUUCCAGAACGACACAGAAGAGAGGAUGAAGCAGAUGUACCAUUGUGGCAACACAGCCAUUGCAGAACUGGGCUCCUACAAGAAGAGGUACAAGCGGAAGGAGAUUGAGGAGAUGCAGAGUGACGUGCGGAAGAAGCACGCAUUCUCCAAGAUCCUCACCAGCAAGAGGAACCUAGACCACGUCAACAAGAUCCUGAAGGUCAAGCGGCUCCAGCGGCAGGCCAAGACAGGCAACAACGUGGUGAAGCGGCGGAGGGGGAGGCCACGAAAGCAGACACUUGCCCCCAGUGAAGGCUUCUUGCCUCAGAUGCCUGUGCUGGAAAAGUGCAUGGACUUUCCAGGUAAAAGGAACCUCCACAGCAGCCCGAUGCUCUCCCAGCCGGAGUUCUCCAGCCAUGAUUCUAUCACAGAUGCCAUCGAGGCAGUGGUACACCAGGCCCGGGCACAGCCCAAUCCACAGACCACACAGAUGGCUAAGCCCUACCCUAAAUAUCAGCCAGAGGAGCAGCUAGAGCGGCCAGUACGGCGAGGCAGGGGAAGCAGAAGGGAUGAACCGGCUUCUCAUUAAGAGUUUGAUUAACAGUGCACUGUGAGUUUGACUUGCACUCCAACCUUUGGAUAAUUUCUAGGCAUUAUGGUUUUCUUUUCUUUUAAUCAGCUCUACUGAACUGUACUUCAUGGGCAUUCUGUGAGAAUCAUGAAUGUGGUCUAAAAAGUGCCCCACUUUCAUUUUGUUAAUACCAUCACCGCAAGCUCCUUUUUUUUAAUGGAAAUGUUCUUGUGUUGAGCUUUUUACUCUCCCAAAGCCCAUAAGGAUUUUGAAACAGUGGCUAUAGCCAUGAUCUUACCAGCAAGUGUAAAUGAAAUUUUUUGAACUUCUAAUAGAGUACUGUGCACUUUUGGGGUUUAUUUGCCUUUUUGGUUCUCUCAAGUUAAAGCACAGUUAUUAUGAUAAAGAUGAGUGUCAUGAAACUGGUCAACUCACAAACACACACACACACACACACACACACACAUACGUACUUGCCUGCGCUCAGGUUUGUUCCGGGCAUGAACUAAUGGCAAUACCCUUGAAUUGAAUGAGACUCUUCUACUAUCUUCGAUGGCUAUAGUUUAAUUGUACAUAGAAACGUAAUCUACAAACAUUACAAAGUGAAAGUAUUUUAGAUUUACCUGUACUGUCACCAUAUCAACUAGAAAACUGUACAAUAUUCAAAUAAUGUUUUAACCAAAUACUAGAAAUAGAUGUGACAUACAAAAGCUUGUGUUCAAAUGCAAAUGAAACCUACAGUAUUUAUUAAUCACACCAUAACGAAGUGGGUGCAUCACAGAUUGAAGGAUUGUAUUAGACAAUGGCAGUGUGUAAAGUCAAACCUUCAAAAACCUUAGCUAUAUACAUUAUACAAUAUACUCCGUUCAUCAUGCAUGAAAAAAAUCCUAUUCUUGCAUUUAAAAGCAACACAGCACUUACUCCAGUCUCCUUAUAUUGUAUUACAGAUUAGUAUUACACAUUGUCAGUGAUUAUUUUUAUUUGAAUAACCAACAGUAUCUGGAAAAUAUUUUUAGUAAUAUCAGUUAAUAUCAGUGAUUUCAGUCAGUUGCUUGACAAACAGUAACUGAGUUGCCUUUUCCAGAGUCUAUUUGAGAACGUGCCUGCUCAUAGUAGUAAUAUAAAAAUAAUAUUACUUUAUUACUUAUAAAGUAAUAAAAUAUAUUGACAUAACAGUCAGUAUUAGAUAUCCACACAACCAAAGGUUCAGUCGUGUUGUAGUUCAUAUUAUAGAUGGAUUUUGGUUUAGGUGCUUGUAGAAAGUGUAACAGAUGGAAAUGUGUGGAUCCGAGAUGUUAGACUUCAUUACUGUAUACAGCUUAGCAUCUGAAACCAGGCUUCAGUAUAGUGCAGUGGUUCUACGCUCUUUUAGAAAUGUAUAUUCAACUGGUCGUAAUGCAGAAAGCGCUGUUGUGUGGUUUAUUUCUCAGUUGUUUCAUAUAUGUGCCUUAUGUUUGUCAAUAAGUCCAUAACAUUUCAGCUACAGGGAACUAUGAAUGGCAAGAAAUAAUGUUUAAAUUACACAUAUAUUAUUAGUAUCCACACAUGGUCAUGAAUGUACAUAUGCCUGCUCUUUCUCCUGCUCCUUAGAUCUGUUAUUGUUUAGACGCACUUACGCAGAUAAGAUCAGAUGGGUCUUAUUAAAAUGAUCUGCUUUCUAGGUAGCUUUCUGAUGUGAGAUAACGGUAUUGGUUUGAAUCAGAAUGGUUUGUGUGUAAAAUGAAAAACAUGCAAUGAAACAAGGCCAAACUGUGCUUGCGACAAUUCAAACAAGACCACAACACAUACAAAAAAAACAGGUACAAAAUGUCCAAACAAAUAUUCCAGCACCGGUUAAGGGUUAUCACGACGUGUGCGUUCUAAAUUACUAUGCAUCGGGUUCUACCUGCAAAUUGACAGAAAAGAAAUGACUUUUUAAGACUUCUUUUUUUCUCUGUUCAGUUCAAUUUGUCAAAGUGGUCUUAUUGAAAAUAAUCUGUAACCUGUAUUUUUUUUCUUUCUUUCUUUCUUUUUUGGAAACCAAUGACUAUCAUUUUUUUUUUUUUUUUUUUUUUUUUGUAAAUCUUAAUGCUGCUUAGGGCAGAAAAAAAAUCAGCCACUGAGCAGCGGAGCCUUAAUCAUGUUACAUUACAUUCAACAAAGUAAACCCUGUAAAUAGUAGAAUCACCUGUCUGUUACUGAACAGCUCACAAUGUGGACUAGCUCUUCUCGUUAGGGAUAAUGCCGGAAAUUAGAACAUACCGUAGCCCAAACCCUAAGACUGCGCAGCUUAAAUGAUCAUUUUGUCAGAGCAGAACAUGGAGUCAGAGAAUGACUUGCGGUGCAUUGGAGCCAAGUCAGAUUUGGCAGCUAUUCCCCUCUGCCUGUGGUACUACAUUGGACACUUCAGCAUGUCUCCUGUUUAGGACUGGCACCUCAAACCACCUGGACACUUUGCCAAAAAUAAAGACAUCUAUCACUCAGUGCUAAACUGAAAAAGUAAACCAAAUUCUAUACAGUAGCAGUAUUCCAAAACAGUACCAUCAGUCAUUAGUUUAUCAAGGAGGUGUUAAUAGCAAGGUGUUUGGCAGCUCAUAUUUUCUCUACCAGCUGAUAAAAUGGUGCCUUGUGAAAUUAAGGUGUUUAUUUUUUUCCCCCCUUACAUCCUGGCUGUUCAACAAUAAUCGUAACUCGUUAGGCUGUUUUGUGUCAUGUAAAUAUUGUGACCUGACUAGAUACAAAGGUUUAUUCAGUUGCUAUAAAGUCAUGAUCAAGAUCACAUAAAACAUCAGUUUCAUCCAAAUAUUAUCAACAUGUUCAUGUAUUAAGCUCUAAUGCUAUUGAAGAAAUUCCAGUGCAAAUGAAGUAUUAAUUAAAGGGUAAUGUACUCAAUAAGGGCACAACAUGAGCUAAAUUCUUCAUAUUUUUGUUUUUGUUUUUUUUUAAUAGGUACUAUGACCAUUUUGAUAAUGCUUUACAUUUUCUGAACCUGCAUGCCCUAAUUGAUUGUAUGCACACAAAUUUUGAAGAAUAUCGAAUUUCAAUUUGGAAAUCUUAUACAUUGUUUGAUAAGUUUUUUGAAUAACUAGUUUUUACUUCAUAAAACAUUUUUGUAAAUUGUAUGAAUAUGAAAAAAAGCAAUUAAAGGACAUAUAUAGGAAAGAAUAAAUAUUGAGAUACGCAAGCAUAUGCAUUGUACAUAAAUGUAUGUAGGAAUACGCCCUCAUGUUUUUGUGUACCUGUGUAUACACACGUUUAAAGAUAUGUAUACUGCACUGUACAUAUGUACAUACAUUUAAGCUCGCAUGUGUUUGGUCAUAUUUGUUGUUCAUGAUCUUGUAGAGAGUUCUUUUUUAUUAUUUCUCUUUCAAGUUCAACUUUUUGUGCAACCAUCUCAGUGCAGUAUUGAGCACUUAAAUACACUUGAUCUUGCUCAUGUCAUUCAUUGUGCAAAAAAAAUAAUAAAAUAAAAAGGAAAAGGAAUUUAUGAAAUUUAUCUAAUUCUGUGUUUUUUUAUCUGGAGGUACUAGACCCAGUUCUCAGUUAUUUCAUUUAUCAUUGAAUAAUAGUAAGUGGUGGACAGAUUACUACACUGUGUGCCCUGGACAAGCAGAUAUUGUAUCCAGGCUAUUAGUUUUGUUUUUUUUUGUCCAAUUCAUAGUAACAACUAGAUAAAGAAAAAAUAUCCUACUCCCCACUGACUUUUGAAAAACUAAACCUUUCAUCUGGUGUCUAAGUUAGAACGUAAUGCACUUCACUGUGAUGAAUCUGUGUUUCCGAAUCCCACUGCCUGCUGCACUUCACACAUAAUAUCUUUUAUGUGCAAUGCAAGAAGAGACAACCACAUCUCAUAGCCUAAUAAACAUUGGCCAACAACUUGCCAAUUUUCCAUUGAGGGUCCAAAUAUGAUGUGCUACUCAAUCACAUAUUUGUUCUUUUCCCUCAUUCUAUGUUAAUGCACUUAAUUAGCAGACUAGCUCACUGUAUGUUACUAUAUUACGUUAACUACUGCUUUUACCCAAGUCAAUUAGAAAUCUGGGCAACCAAAACAUGGAACUGGGCAGCACACUGGUGCUUCCACUUUCCUGGUGGGCUAGCUAAAAAAAAUUGUGAUUUCUCCAGAAUUAUUAUAUUCACUUUUGCAUGAAAAUUAAGAUAUUGGAUUCCAAAUGAGUUAAUGAUAACCAAUUACCUUAUUUAGAAUAAGUAACAUUGCAGAAUCUGUGAUAUAAAUAGUUCCUUUUGAUGAGGUUAGAUUAAUCAAAAAGCACAUCACCUGCCUGUAAAUAACAGUAAUAGAUGCACAAUUUCCUAAUUUAUUCUCCAAAUCUGAUUACAAUGAAAAGGAAAUCUAAAUGAAGCCUUAUUGUGCCAUUUCACCAUGCACAUCAGGCUUGUGUCAGUGCAAUCUGUAGUGGUGGGCAGUGUAGUAGAGGGAAUCCCCAUUCCCAAAGGUCUACGCCUCAUGCACUCCCCGUCAUUGUAUUACUCCAACACUGCAUAGGAGAGAUAAAUGGAUUGGGCCGCGUCCCGGCCGUUGGUUGGUGGAGGCAAAGUGAAAAGUGCUUCACCAUAGGCCUGUGCCUCUCUGUAAAAUUCCUGUUGCCAUGGCAGCUGGGUGAACUGCCCAAAUAUUCUGGUGCAGUGCUUGGCUCGGAUAAAAUGUCUCAACUCAAUCUGGUGACUGCAUAAAAUUAAAGCACAGAGAUGAGCGAGCUGGUGCUCUGCGAGUACUGCGGCUGUGAACUUGCAGUCAACAGCAAGAAUAGCGUCAUGAUUAAACACUUUGAUCUAGAAAAAUAUAAAUAAAUGUAAAGGUUGAUAAUGAGACUGAUUAUUGUUGAUUACAGCCACUCAUCUGCUCUAAAAAUUCUUGGGAAUACUUAUUUUAAAUUACCAAAUAACACUUUAUUAUUUAUAAGGUGUUAUUUGGUGAAUUAAAAAAAAAAAAAAAAAAGAAAAGAAAAGCAAAACAGGCAAAUGCAGCAAAAAGUGACAUAUACACUGGCACACACAUGGCAACAUUAAAAGUAAGACCUGUACACUUGCUCAUUUAUGCAGUCAGCCAAUCAUGUGGCAGCAGCACAAUGCAUAAUAUUAUGCAGAUACAAGUCAAGAGCUUCAGUUAAUGUUCAUAUCAAACAUCUCACAUUUGACCAUGGCAUGGCUCUUGGUGCCAGAUGGGCUGGUUUGAUUGUUUCAGAAACUGCUGAUCUCCUGGGAAUUUCAUGCACAACAAUCUCUAGAGUUUACAAAGAACGGUGCAAAAAUAAUAACAAAAAUAUCCAGUGAGUAGCAGCUCUGUAGGGCGAAACAUCUUGUUGGUGAGAAAGUGCAGAGGAGAAUGACCAGACUGGUUUGAGUUGACAGGAAGAUUAUGAUAACUCAAAUAACCACUCUUUAGUUCCAUGCUGAGCAGAAAAGCAUAACAAAACACACAACAUGACACAUGUUGAGGGAGAUAUGCUACAACAACAGAAAACUACAUCGGGUUCCACUCCUGUCAGCCACGAACAGGAAUCUGAGGGUACAGUGGGCACAGGCUCAAAAAUAAACAGCUAAAGAUUAGAAUUAGACAGUUGAAGAUUAGAAAAAGACCAGGUGAUGUCUGGAUGCUCACUGCAUGUCUUUUUUUGUUUGUUUGUUUUUAGCACCAUUUUGUGUAAACUUUAGAGACUGUGAAAAUCCCAGGAGAUCAGCAGUUUCUGAAAUACUCUGGCACCAACAACCAUGCCAUGGUUAAAGUCACUGAGAUCACAUUUUUCUCCAUUCUGAUGCUUGAUGUGAACAUUAUUUGUAGUUCUUGACCUGUAUCUACUAUCUGUUGCCUGAUUGGAUAAUAGCAUGAAUGUACAGGUGUUCCUAAUAAAGUGAACAGUGAGUGUAUAUAAUUUUCUUCUUUGUUCUGUGCCAAACACACCAUAACCAGGAAGUAUCAAGGGAUCUCAUAUCCCUCAUAUCAGAAAUCCCGUGUAUCUUCAUUGAUGAUAAAAUCUUAAACUUAGUCAUGAGCCUCAAAAUAUGACAGAGAUCCUGACUAUCGAUGAUAUGACAUAUUUCCUCUAACAUAUUGCUUGUAGCUGCCAGUGUAGGUUUAGAUUGCAAUGGAAAUUGCAAAUAAAUUAGAUAUACGCAGAUAAUCUCCUCUUGCAGCUUCAGAAGCAUCUUGCUUGCACUGAAAUGUCCAGUUUUGUCUGAAAAUUUGGAAGCUGAAUUACUUACAGCCUCUAUAUUGAUUACAGUAGUACACUGUAGUUAAUUCUUAAAAUUAAUCACAUAAUCUAUAGGAGUAAUUCUGGCCCCAAAAAGCAAGAUCAAGAUUAUAGCAUCCUCAACAAUAGCUUGAAUUUAAAAAAGCAUUUAGCCUGGAUAAAGUAAACUGUCAGCUGUCACUGGUCUUCACGCACACUGACAAGCACGUAUGCAAAUUUUUCAGUGGCUGCAGUUACAUGCAAAUGAACAUGUGACCUUUGUGACCUUCAUGUAUCACAUGCUCUUAAGAUCCAAAAGAAUAAUAAUAAAAAAUAAUCCUCACAGACCAGUGAUCAGCCAAAUCAGAAAGAGUUGCUUAAAUGGAUUUUCCUCAAAUUCUUAUAUAUGACACUUGACUCAAAUAUAAUCGCAGGAACAUCUACUCCAAGAGCAGCAUAAUUAAUUACAGUCUAAAAUACCCAGGUUUCCAAGGGCUCGAGGUGCUUGGCUUGAAAACAGAUAGACCCACGAGAGUCUCAUUGAUAUGCAAAUAUUGCAACAAGCACUGACAGAAAAUCCCUUCACGAAGGAGAAAUAUUCCACAGUAAAUCAUUUCCUCUUCAAACCCCAUCUAUUAACGCAGCUUGUGUGGAGCCCAGCCUUCCAUCUCCACCCUCUUAUGGUGCUCCCAUUGACUCGCGCCCCUCAAAGCACCACUUGGCAAUGCAUGGCAAUCAAUCGGUUUGUGUCGCGGGACAGGAAGGAUGCUAUUCGUUAUUGACAGCAACUGGUGGAGCGGAGGCUGCAGUUGCUACGGUGACAGUCUGACUUGUGGCAAUUUGAUUACUGAAUGAAGCUGUUAGCAUGUGGAAGGCUGUGGAAGGUGUGUGUAAAAUGGUCUCCCAUCCCCAACUCAUUCUCUUUUUUGAUGGAAGUAACAACACAAUCAGAAUAUCAAUUUUCUUUCCCAUGCUGUUUUUUUUUACCACAUGCAAGGUAAAUCAUAGGUCUUGAAAGUGACAGACAUGACACAUUUGGAUGAGCAGGCUAUGUGGGGGGAAACACUCAACCUGUAAUGUUUUUAAAUAUAUUCAUGGAAAUGUCUCUACAGCCUCACCUGUACUAUUUAAUACAUUUACCUGCAUUUGGUUCACCUUAAAUACAAGAUGUUAAAAAAAAAAUCAUAGCAGUCCUACUUGGGAAAAGUAGCUCCACAAUUAUGUUGUUAUUGCAAAGAUUAAGAGAUUUUGUUCAAUAUCUUCUAAAAUGAUUACUGGCUGUGGAGGAUGAUGGAUGUAUCUGUAAUAAGGGUACAUUCAGCCAUGCUUGACUGUUUUGAUCCUCCUCUCUUUCGUAAAAAUGUUUUUUUUCCCCUCUCCACUUCUUUAAGAGUGCAAUUUCUAUAAAGCCAAUCACACUUUCUUUAUGGUGCUCUCUUUUGGCCUUUCCCUCCCAAGACAAAGUUGGUGAAAACUGAGAUUUACUUUCUCCACUUCUUAUUUCUGUAACUCCAGGUGUUGGAUAGAUCUUUCCAAAUGCUUCUUACAGGAACGCUGUCUCAGUGGAAUACUCCGGUUACUGUUUUGUAAAAAGGUGCUUUUAUUCCUUGUAAUUAGUGAAGCUAACCCAGGGCUCAAAGUAGGCGUGCAGGUUUCUCUCUCUCUAAACAGAAAGAGGAUUGUGAGUCUAGUUUCUCCUGCUAUGAAAUGAGACUUUUCCCUGAGACCACCUUUUAAAAACAUAACUACACUGUUAUGGAAUGCCGCUUGUCAACUUUAUUUUGGAGCAUUGCAUU